AUGGCCUGGUGCACUGUGGGCUACCACGCUGUUGAGGAGAGCAUCUAUGAGGGCUUGGUCGAAAAAGAUUGCUCAGGUGUGUGGUUGACGCAGAUCAAGCCCAUGCAGUGGCACCACACCCCUUUGGCAGCCAUUUCCCAGACCAAGAAAUCAACUGCUCGCAAGCUUGGGGCUGCUUUGUCCAACACUCUGUCUGGAGAGAGAGGAUCCGGAACCAAACCCGGAAAGUCUCGCUCCCACGUGCAGGCACAAGUUGCCUUGGCAAUGGAACGCCCCAACUACAUCGUGUUCAGCCUGAAGACGAAAGAGAACAUUGCUGACAUGUGUGGCAAGAAAAUUCUUCAUCCAUUGCCCGAAGGCCUUGGUUUCGAGAUGACCAAACCCUUUGACUUGUUUGAGCCAUUGCUGCUGCCUGGCGAGUGGUGCCUUGAGUUUUCGCCCAUGACAAUCCAGCCUACGCUCCUCGAGUCCGGCAAGGGUGUGUGGGAUGGCACAGCUUUCUGGUAUUCAGAUGCCUCCGAGUAUGUCCCUGCCAACUCAAAACUGCCACUCCAAGCAUUCUCUCCACGGCCAAAGCCCUUUGCCUACUACAUUGCCUUGCCAGCUGCAGAUUCAGGGACGCCUUUACAGCAUGCUUUGAACACUGUGCGGGCAACACCCCUUUUGAAGCUGCUCAUCCUCAAUGAGCCAAGUGAUGCAAUGCGCAAGCACCUGUUCUCAUUCCAGGAACAUCCAGAAGGCUGUCAAGGCUUCAUUCCUGUGACUGCAAGCCCAUCCACGGCUAUGACAUUAGCCUUCUUUGCUUUCAAGCCAGACGCAGAGAAUGACUUUCAAUCCAAGCAGCUCCAAUUGCACAAGCUCCAGACCGAUUCUUUGCCGGGAGGGAACGCUCCCCACCAGCAUGUGCUGUGCUCGUUCUGGAUGGUCAAUAGCGAAACCAUUGCCAAGCAGAUUGAAGAAGGCAAGGCCUCUUUGCAGACACAGUCCUGGCAGAUGACUGUCAGCCAAACAGCAGAAUGGAAGCACCAUGCCACCACAGUCAUCGCCCACAAAAAGGCACGCCUCGAAAAUCGUAAGCGCAGGCUGACAGAUGAGGCGAGCUCUUUGGAGAGUGAUUUGCAAAGUCUCAAGAUGCAAUUGAACGUGGUGUCUGAACAGCUGAUCAAGAUUGAGAAGAAUGAGACACAGGAUCCUUUCACUCCAGAAACAGAGCAUGACAGCACAGUUUUGGCAGAAGAGGUCAAAGCUGAGCUGCCCAAGAAGCUCCCGGCAGCCGAAAAGAUGCACUUGACCCCGCCGCUGGACAUUGAGACUGAUGUCAAGGAAAAGGGUGCAUCGGGCUACAAGGCAGCUUGGUGCCUUGAGAGCUACAAAUCCGCCAUCGAAUCAUCAGGCCUCUAUGAGGCCAAUGGCCUGGCACUGUGGCUGCAGACAGGGGUCUUCGCCAAAGGUGGCCAAGACCCUGACCCUGGAAGCAUCAGCUGGGGUGCCUUGAGCAAGUUCAAGACGGAUUUUUUUUCCAAGGAGGCAGCUGCGAAGAUGAAAGUCAGGCGGGGCGUCGGAAAGGUGCUCCGCAGCAAAGAUCGCUUGCUGUGGCCGAUCACCAUGGUGACCCUUUGUGACAAUGUGAGCGCAAGGGAGAAGUAUGCGCAGGACGGAGGUUUUGCUCUGGCCAGCGCGCACUUCAUUCUGUGGGCCUGGUACCUGGCCUGCUUUGAGGCAUUAAAGGCAAGUGACACCCUUUGGCUAGAAAUGCUUUGGGAAGCCGGCUGCUCUGUUACGAUUCAGAUUCGCUAUUGCCCUGAUCCAGCUGACUGGACCUUGGCGUGCCACAAAGCAUCAGAGUCUGUGAAGGCAUUGGGUGCUUCUGCCCCUGCCCUCUCAGACACUUUCUUGAAGUUUUGCACUGUGGUGGAGACACUGAAUGUCCAAUCUUUGCAGGAGGGCGUAAAGCUCAACUUGACCUUCAACAAUGCACCUUACAAUGCUUCAAUGCAUAAAGCUGUGCAAGCAGUCCAAUCAGUUUUGCAUGGAGGAUGUGGGUCUCGGGUUUUCGAGACAAGCAUGACAAGACUGGAAAUGAAGUUUGGGAGAGAGCUACUAUCCAAUGCCUACAGCAAACUGCACAGGCUUGUUGUUUUGGCUCGGAAGGGUGCGAAGCCAGAACGCCCCACCCAUGCAGUGGCGGCCUGGCUUGUGGACAUGCUCUAUGUCGCAUUGAGCUCCAAUCUCCUCUCUGUCAUCAAGUCGACUGAGGCUGCUUUGGAUCGAGACAGAAAGACUGGCGCUGCAGGUUUUUGGCCUGCUUCAUUGAUUGUCCUGGAGGCGUUUGAUUUCCUGCAACCUUUGGUGCUGAAGCUUCCAGAUGGUGAUGCUGACAAAUGCCUCCAAGUCACGAAACAGAUCCAAGCACCUAUCCAGUGCUGGGAAGCGUUCCUCCAGGCUCAGUUUCAGGCCAGCGGUGAAGCAAUAGAUGAGGAUGCAGCUGUCAAGGCAGAGGCGCCAGACUCAGAACAGUCUGAGCUAGACAAGGCAAAGGCAGACUUCAACAAGGCUACAGGUGCACUGCUUGAGUUGCUAGUGGAUUUGGUUGCCGGAAAGCAUCUGGAUGAUUGCAAGGAUUUGGCGAAGAACGACACAAAGGGAGACAGCAGUGAAUCUGCCGCGGCCAAGAGGGAGGAGACUUGGAAACAAGUGCAGGCAGAGAGACGAAAGAGCUUUGCCUCGAAAGAUCACUUGACCAAUGCCUUCCGACAAUGUGGCAAAGUGCACAGCCAUUCUGGCCAACUGAAUUCAAGCCACCGCUUGCUUACAGCUUCAGCUGAUUUGCUCAGCGAGCACAAGGAUGAACCUUGGCUGACCCAAGCGUGCCCAGACAAGACCGCAUGGAAAGCCAUUGUGGAGUUUUGCGGCUCCUGCACAGGCUCUUCUGACUUCGCGCUGGUCUUUGAUGGCAGGAUGCGUGAAGUGAGGCGCAUGCACGAAGAUUUAUUGCUUUCCCAGCCGCAGACGGAAGAGAUCCAUGUGAUCUACACUGGGGGUUGCCCGCCCAGGGCAGGCCGAACGCGGCGGACACCCUUCACAGCCAAGAAGGUUGAGACCGCUGUGGUCAGGUUUCCUGUCUCCAGACUUCGGAUCAAGACGGCCAAGAAGGAAAGGUUCACUUCAUGCGGAGAAGCGACUAAUUAUCAAGGGACAUACAGUGGGGUCAAGUUUCGACCUGCCUCAGAGCUGCCCUUAAUUUCCUCUCAGGAGAAGGGGAAGGUUCUGGCCACAGCUGUCCCAGCCGUCCCUGCCGUCAAAGCAGCUCCAGACACAUGGAGGGAUCUUCACGGCGAAGACGUGCCUUUGUUUUGGCAGGAGGGCAAGCCCAUUUGCUUCUACAUUGCCCUGCUUGACGAGCUGAAGAUUAAGGCUGUCUUCGAUGUCACGCCAGGGACAGGAGCCUUGAUGGAGGCAUGCCUGACACGAGGCGUGCAAUACCACGGCCUAUGCCUCAACAGAGACCACCUGUCCUUGCUACAGGCUAUUGCAGACAGGGCAGCUUGUGGGCUUGCCUCUGUGCAAGCAUCCAGCCUCUACUCAGAGGCGCUUGCGAAGGACAUCAAAAGCCAUUUUCCAGAUGUGCUCCUUGCACUCGUGCCGCAAGCCAAUGAGGAUGAAGAUGUCUUGGAGCCUGCGAGCGGUGACGAGGCCUGA